GAGCGCCGGGCUCGGAGCGCGGAGCCGGCAGGCGGGGCGAACAAAGCGGCGGCGGCGCGGGCGGCCCAGGCGCGGGACGCGCGGAGCGAGCGACCCGCGGGCCUUUGUCUCGGGCGGGGCAGGAGCGGCGGCCGCCGCGGGGCGCCCGGAGCGCAGAAUGCGGUGCCUGGCGGGGCGGAUCGCGGAGCGCUGCGGCGGCGGGCGGCGUGGAGCCCGGCCCGGGGCCAGAGCGGACUUGUGUGUGUGAAGCGGGGAUCCCACGCGCUGCCCGGUGCCCUCCCGGCGGCCGCACGUGGGUGGGAGCGGCGGCCGGCUAGGAGCCCGAGGAGGAGGAGGAGGAAGAGGAGGAAAAGGAGGGACGCGCGGCGGCGCUGCGGGGACCCGGGGCCGCCUGCGCGAAGCCCCGCCCCGGCCGCUGAGCCCGGCGCGGGCGGGCGGGAUGCCCCGCGGCCGCCGCACUUUGGCCGGAGCGCUGCCCUGAGCGAGCCGGCCCAGCGGCCGCCGCGAGCCACGGGCGCCCGGGCGCCAUGGAGCAGUGGCGGCAGUGCGGCCGCUGGCUGAUCGACUGCAAGGUCCUGCCGCCCAACCACCGGGUGGUGUGGCCCUCGGCCGUGGUCUUCGACCUGGCGCAGGCGCUGCGCGACGGCGUCCUCCUGUGCCAGCUGCUGCACAACCUCUCCCCCGGCUCCAUCGACCUCAAGGACAUCAACUUCCGGCCGCAGAUGUCCCAGUUCCUGUGCCUGAAGAACAUCCGCACCUUCCUCAAAGUCUGCCACGACAAGUUUGGGCUGAGGAGCAGCGAGCUGUUUGACCCCUUUGACCUCUUUGACGUCCGAGACUUCGGGAAGGUCAUCUCUGCGGUGUCCCGACUGUCCCUGCACAGCAUCGCCCAGAACAAAGGCAUCAGGCCUUUUCCCUCCGAGGAGACCGCAGAGAACGACGAUGACGUCUACCGCAGCCUGGAGGAGCUGGCCGACGAGCAUGACCUGGGUGAGGACAUCUACGACUGCGUCCCACGGGAGGACGAGGGUGACGACAUCUACGAGGACAUCAUCAAGGUGGAGGUGCGGCAGCCCAUGAUCAGGUACAUGCAGAAAAUGGGCAUGACGGAGGACGACAAGAGGAGCUGCUGCCUGCUGGAGAUCCAGGAGACCGAGGCCAAGUACUACCGCACCCUGGAGGACAUCGAGAAGAACUACAUGGGCCCCCUGCGGCUGGUGCUGAGCCCAGCGGAUAUGGCUGCCGUCUUCAUCAACCUGGAGGACCUGAUGAAGGUGCACCACAGCCUCCUGAGGGCCAUCGACGUGUCCAUGAUGGCCGGGGGCAGCACGCUGGCCAAGGUCUUCCUUGAAUUCAAGGAAAGGCUUCUGAUCUACGGGGACUACUGCAGCCACCUGGAGCGCGCCCAGAGCACCCUCAACCAGCUGCUCGCCAGCCGCGACGACUUCAGGCAGAAAGUGGAGGAGUGCACACUGAAGGUCCAGGACGGCAAGUUCAAGCUGCAAGACCUGCUGGUGGUCCCCAUGCAGCGAGUGCUCAAGUACCACCUGCUGCUCAAGGAACUCCUGAGCCAUUCUGCUGACCGGCCCGAGAGGCAGCAGCUCAAAGAAGCACUGGAAGCCAUGCAGGACUUGGCGAUGUACAUAAACGAGGUGAAGAGGGACAAGGAGACCUUGAAGAAAAUCAGAGAGUUCCAGAGCUCCAUAGAGAACUUGCAAGUGAAGCUGGAGGAGUUUGGGAGGCCAAAGAUCGACGGGGAGCUGAAAGUCCGGUCCAUCGUCAACCACACCAAGCAAGACAGGUACUUGUUCCUGUUUGACAAGGUGGUCAUCGUCUGCAAGCGGAAGGGCUACAGCUACGAGCUGAAGGAGGUCAUCGAGCUGCUGUCCCACAAGAUGACCGACGACCCCAUGCACAACAAGGACAUCAAGAAGUCUCACGGGAAAAUGUGGUCCUACGGCUUCUACCUGAUUCACCUCCAAGGGAAGCAGGGCUUCCAGUUCUUCUGCAAGACGGCGGACAUGAAGAGGAAGUGGAUGGAGCAGUUCGAGAUGGCCAUGUCAAACAUCAAGCCAGACAAAGCGAACGCCAACCACCACAGCUUCCAGAUGUACACGUUCGACCGGACCACCAGCUGCAAGGCCUGCAGGAUGUUCCUCAGGGGCACCUUCUACCAGGGCUACCUGUGCACCAGGUGUGGCGUGGGGGCACACAAGGAGUGCCUGGAGGUGAUGCCCCCCUGCAGGAUCAGUUCCCCCGCCGACCUGGAUGCCUCCCCGGGAGCAGGACCCGGUCCCAAGAUGGUGGCUGUGCAGAAUUACCAUGGUAACCCUGCCCCUCCUGGGAAACCUGCGCUGACCUUCCAGACGGGUGAUGUCAUCGAGCUGCUGCGAGGCGACCCCGAAGCUCAGUGGUGGGAGGGCCGGCUGGCGCACAGCAGGAAGUCAGGCUGUUUCCCCAGCUCGUCUGUGAAGCCCUGCCCUGUGGACGGAAGGCCGCCCGUCAGCCGGCCGCCUUCCCGGGAGAUGGACUACACCGCGUACCCCUGGUUUGCCGGCAACAUGGAGAGGCAGCAGACGGACAACCUGCUCAAGGCCCAUGCCAGCGGGACCUACCUCAUCAGGGAGCGGCCAGCCGAGGCAGAGCGCUUCGCCAUCAGCAUCAAGUUCAACGAUGAGGUGAAGCACAUCAAGGUGGUGGAGAAGGACAACUGGAUACACAUCACGGAAGCAAAGAAGUUUGAAAGCCUCUUGGAGCUGGUGGAGUACUACCAAGGCCACUCUCUCAAGGAGAGCUUCAAGCAGCUGGACACCACGCUCAAGUACCCCUACAAGUCCCGGGAGCGUGCCGCCUCCAGGGCCUCUAGCCGGUCCCCAGCUUCCUGUGCUUCCUACAGCUUUUCCUUUCUCAGUCCUCAGGGCCCCUCCGCCCCCUUCUGGUCAGUGUUCACUCCCCGGGUCAUUGGCACGGCGGUGGCCAGGUACAACUUCGCAGCUCGGGACAUGCGGGAACUCUCGCUGCGGGAGGGUGACGUGGUGAAGAUCUACAGCCGCAUCGGCGGGGACCAGGGCUGGUGGAAGGGCGAGACAAACGGACGGAUCGGCUGGUUUCCUUCGACAUAUGUGGAAGAGGAGGGCGUCCAGUGAGGAGGAGGACGUGGACAGGACUUGGGGAUGCUCCUGGAGAGCUGCCCGGGCCCUGCGGUCCAUCUCAUCGCCUCGGUGGCUCCCGGGGAAAGGCCACCAGCCUUCCCGUCACCGGCACCCUACGGGGAUGGGGAGGGUGUUCAGAAGCCUGAAGGCAGCCGUUCCACCAGCCCCUGUCCCUGGGGCCCGUCCCUGGGUACGCUACUUGUACAUAGAGGAAACCUGGGUGGGACCCACCCAGACUGUGGAGGAGGGGUGCCAUAGCGUCACCAGCCUGACUCUGGUGACGCUGAGACCAGACGUGUGUCCUGUGCCCUUCUGGCCGAGGUGUGUGCAGGAGCCUAGGAUCAGUAGCAUACAGUGUCCUGGUUCGGGACCCCCGGCCCUGUGCUCAGCCCCUGGGCUUGGCUCUCCUUCUCUGCUGCUGUCGGGGCCUCUGGCUGUGGGAGGCGGACAGGCCCAGAGCUGGGCUAUUUGCUGUGCCUCGCUCGGCCCAGCUGUGCUGGGGUGCAGGGGGAGAGCUCACACGUGGCCCUGAGUCACACGCUCCUGGGACUGUCCCCGACUUCCUUACUUCCCCACACAGGGGGCUGCAGAGACCCUACUGGCAGGUCCCUCUCUCUGGAGGGGCCUUAGAAACAGCGGCAUUGCUGUCCCCGCAUUGCUGUCAAUGGUACUGCCUCUCCCUUGUCCAGAGCCCCUUUCCUGGAUCCCAGGAUGGUGCUCAGCUGCCCCGCCCCACCCUGCCCUGCCCGGCAGACUUGUCUUCCAUGAACCCCAAAGGCAGGGAGAGAAUGGUGCGUCCCCUCCCUGGGACCCUGAUUCCCACCUUCCUCUCCAGAGGGACCCCUCUGGGUCUCCUGCGCCCUGCACAGUGGUCCCUGGGGUCCACCAGCCUUCGCGUGGGUGGUGGGUCUAGCCUCUGGCGGUCUGCCUCCAGGGGCGCCUGUGGCCCUCCUGGGCCUGCGGCCAGCCUGAAGUAAGUGCUCUUGGGUAGCUCUGCCCCUCCUCCCUCCUUUCGGCGUCUCCUGGCCUUCGACCUCUGACUGGCUCAGCCAGACCCUGUUCGCCCUGCCCCGACAUUGCGCAGGACCCAGUGACCCUGGCUGCCUCCGAGCUCCACACCACAGCUUCUGGGGAGACCCAGGCUUCCCGCUGCCCCUUGUGCCCUAGGUCAGCUGCCGGCUGUGAGUGAGGCAGGGGCCUGGCUGAGGCUGGGGUGGGCUGGGCCCUCCUGGCGAGCCAGCUGAUGUGGCCCCAGGCUGUGUACCCACCCCAGCUGGGGCGUGGGGAGGGGCCGGGAACAGCCUGGGAAGGCUUGAGAGGAGCCGGAAGCGGCCUGGGGCAGAGCACUCGAGCCCUGGUUUGCAGGGAGACCCCAGCCCCCUCUGUGUUUACUGUUGUCGACGUUCUGUGGUCUAGUUUUGGGGGUUUUUGUUGUGUUUUGUUUGGCCUAUUUGUUUUUUAAGGGGAAAAAAAGUUUGUAAUUAUUUCCUCCAAACCUCCUGUAUCUGUGAAUAAGGAAGAGAUUUUAUAAUAGCAAGGAAAUGAUGUAUAUUUUAGUUCAUCACCAAACAAGUCACCGUGAUAAGGAAGGACACUGAGAGAAAAUAAUCGAGAGCCCUGGUUUCUGUGGAUGUUCUGCUUUGUGUCUGGUUUGAACUCUGUUUGGUUUGCUGUGCGCUAUACCAGGGAGAGCGGCUGGCAGCCGGGCAGGCCCGGGGUGGUGACUGGGCAGGAGACGGGCCCUCUGGCGUGGCUGGGGACCUGGCCUGGCACCAGCUGUGAACACUGGAGCCCCGCAUGUGGGAGUCAGGGAUCUGGGGUCCCUCGGCUGUGGACCCCAAAGGGAACACAAACUGUACGUUUUGCCACUGGCUUUUUUUCAGACCACGGUUUUUACUGCAAAUAAACCUAAGUUCUUCUCUGCAGGAGUGGUAGCUCUGUAGCUGGCGCCUGGUCACAGGGCCACCCUGGCUCUGGUGUGACUGGGAAAUGGCAUAUCCAACCUGGAUUCCUGUCCACCCUGCAGAAUAUGGGGUCCUAUCACCAAGGAGAUGGCAGUGAGGCCAGAGGGUGGGCAGCCAGCAGCCUUUGCGUGGGCCUUGCUCAUGGUCCCCAGUGACUGCAGGAGCACAAGGCUUAGGCCAGGCCCUGUCGUAAAUGGGGAGGCUCCAGAGAGGGCCUGCCCUGCCCCUCUAGCC